AUGCAAAACAUUGUACGGAAACAGUGGAUAGCAAAGGGAAUAAUCAUUACAGAACAGUAUUCUGAAAAAUUGUGGUUUAUGGAACUGAUUAAGAAAUACAAGAUUGAAAAUUUUACAUAUCAUUAUGAGGAUGAAGAAGACACUUUAAUGACAAUUAUAGACAAUUUAGAAUAUAAAAAUUACUUCAAAGAAUUAUAUAAGCAUAAAGGAAAAAUUCGUAUAGCAAAAGCAUAUGUACUGAUAUAUAGGGAAGAUAUAAAGAGAAACCACAUUAAAUGUAGUAAAAAUAUGGAAUUUUAUGAAGAUGAAGAAAAAAAAUAUAAUGAACAUAUAUUAGACGAUUUGAUAAAUGGUUAUGAUGAUGAAGGUAUAAUAUAG